AUGUCGUCCUCUGAAAGUUUCAGUCACCGCUUGGAAGGCGAUGAGAUGGAGAUCGGCUACACCGAAGCCUUACGGAAGCAUGUAACUCGACACGUUGUGCCAGCGCCGCCCGUGAGCCAGAGAAGGCUCGAUUUCGAACAUCGCCGCCCACGGCUGCUGCAGGAGUGUAUCGCCGAGGCCCUGGGAACGUUUUUCUACGUCUUCUGCGGCAUUGCCUCGGUGGCGGCUUGCAACUUGAACCUCACCUCGCCGGUGUACGCUCUGUUCAGCUCCCUGCAGCAGAUUGGCCUCGCAUUCGGCCUCGGGAUCGCCCUGGCCAUCACAAUCUGCAGUCCCGUCUCUGGCGGGCAUUUCAACCCGGCCGUGUCUCUCUGCUUCGCCAUCUACGGAGGCUUCCCCUGGCGCAAAGUCCCACACUACGUCUUCAGCCAGACCUUCGGCUCGUUCUUCGCCGCCUUGCUCCUCAUGGGCUGCUACUGGCCGCAGAUCCAAGAGCUGAAGGCCGCCAACGUCAAAGACUAUGGCACCGCUGUGUUCAACGGGGGAGCGGCGAACAUCUUGUGCUCGUUCCCUCCGCCGACACAGCUGAACCUGGGAUACUUGUUCCUCAUCGAAUUCGCGUGUUCCUCGACCCUCAGCAUCGUGAUCGCGGCGUGCAUCGACCCGGCCAACCCCUUUCAGACGCCCGUGUCGCUGGGCUACACCAUCGGCCUGGCCUACGCUGUCAUGAUCUGGGGGUUCGGGUCGCAGGCAUUGUCCCUGAACAUGGCCCGCGACCUGGGCACGCGCAUUGUGGCGGCCAUUUUCUUCGGCAAGGAGGCGUUCACGUACGCCAACUUUUGCUGGAUCCCCAUCUUGGUCAACCUGCCGGCCUACGUCUUCGGCUUCGGAUUCUACGAGUAUGUGUUCCGUGACUCGCUGCAGAGCAUUCGAGCCGGCCACGCCAAGCACGAGGACGGAGGCGCUGGCAUAGUCAGGCAUUUGACCAAUGUCGGCGCAUUUGAUCCGGAGAGUGCGUCGGCAAAUGGCAACGUAGCUGAGCAGGAGGUGAGAAGUGCGACGCAGGACAAAACCAAUAUCCAGCAAAUCGAUAAAAUUGUGUGA